AUCGAUGUUGUUAGAGGUGGAACAACAUCGCACUUGGUGGGAGCUGAAAACAUUUACGUUUUAUUGAAAUUCAAAUUUCACGUGCAAAGCAGGCUCCUAUGAAUGGAAGUGAGUGUCAGAUAGCCCGCAGUAGACAGUGAGCAAUGCGCCAUACGUUUACAUCACCCCACCGCCGCCCAUAGCCAGUAAGGAGCCGUCGAGAUCCGGUACCCGCCAUCGCAAUGUUCUACAUCCGCCGCCUGUUUAGCCAGGAGCUCGCUCCGGUCUCCCAGUGCGACUUCCUCGGCUGCCUGCAGCAAACGCCCAACCUGUUGGCCAACGCUGGCUUUACGGGAGCGCCGGCCCUGGAGAGCCUCACCUGGUUACACAACCUGGCGCCGUGCUUCCCGCUGCGCGGCGACCAGAUCCAGGUCAUCCACGAGCCGCAACACUUUUACGACACUCUCGUGCAGCGUAUUGCGCGGGCCAAGCGCCGGAUUGUUCUGGCCAGCCUGUACCUGGGCACCGGUCAGCUGGAGAGCGCCGUGGUGCAGACGUUGCGUCACAGCCUGAAGGCGGAGUCAGCGCUGCGGCUGAACGUGCUCCUGGACUUCACACGCGGCACCCGCGGCGCCCUCAACUCGAAAACCAUGCUGCUGCCCCUGGUUCGGGACUUUGCCAGCCAGGUGCAGCUCUCGCUGUACCACACGCCUGAUCUGCGCGGGAUGACCAAGCGACUGGCGCCGCCGCGUUGGAACGAGCUGCUCGGGCUGCAGCACAUGAAGGUCUACCUCUUCGACGAUGCCGUGAUCAUUUCGGGGGCCAAUCUGUCCAAUGAUUACUUCACCAACCGCCAGGAUCGUUACAUACUCAUUGAAGACAAGCCGCUGGCGGACUUCUAUGCCCAGUUCAUAGAGCGGGUGCAGGAGUUUAGUCUGGCGGUGGCGCCGGAUGCCAGCGAGGGACUACACCGCAACUGGCGCAUCCUGCCGUACGAGGGCACCAAGGAGCAGUUUAUCCAGCUAGCUAAACAGCGGAUCGCGGACUUUGUGCAGGAAACGUUCCAGCGACAGGCGCGCGCAAAAGAGCUAAACCCGGAAGCGGACACGUGGGUUUUUCCGCUAAUGGAGAUGGGGCAGAUUGGCAUCCACCACGACAGCGUCGUUACGAAGCGCCUGCUCUCGAACUGCGUGGCCGGAUCGCGGCUCAAACUGGCCACUGGGUACUUCAACCUAACGCAGGAGUACAUGGACACCAUCACGCACAAGUGCCUGGCAAAGUGCAGCAUCCUGAUGGCGCAUCCCAAUGCUAAUGGCUUCCAGGGCGCCAAGGGACCUGCUGGUGGCAUUCCGGCCGCUUACACCCUGAUAGCCAAGAGCUUCUACGAAAGCUUGGUGCGCCGGCAGCAGAACCAUCGCGUCAAUUUCUUCGAGUACGAGAAGCCCGGAUGGACCUACCAUGCCAAGGGCUUGUGGUAUUACCUGCCCGAGGCACGACUGCCCAACCUCACGCUUAUUGGCUCCUCCAACUUUGGCGAACGCUCAGUAAAUCGCGAUCUGGAGACGCAAGUGUGCCUGGUCACGGCCAACAAGGACCUCAGUCAGCGUCUGCAGGCUGAGGCGGAUCGGCUGUAUGACCUGUCGCAGACGGCAGAGCGUGAGAUUGUGCAGCGACCAGUGCCGCGAUGGGUUCAGGCCGUCGUACGCAUAUUCAGGAACUUCUUUUAGUCUAUUUACCGAUCAUAGUUAAAUUUUUUUCGUUGUUGUUAAGGCCCAACCCACUCCCAAUAGUUACUGUAGUUCUAAUUCGUGUUUAAUAAUUGCCCUGGGCAAGUGUAUGUUUCUAUUGCUGGUGAUCGUUGCUUUUGUACACAGGCUAUAGUUUGUUAACGAAUAAAGCGGAUUUUUUACCCGAAUAAA